GGUAAAGGUUUCAGUGACAAUUCCAGCCUUGUGAAACACCAGAGGACUCACACAGGAGAGAAACCCUUUGAAUGUCUUUAUUGUGGUAAAGGUUUCAGUAAGAAUUCCAGCCUGGUAACACAUCAGAGGACUCACACAGGAGAGAAACCCUUUGAAUGUCCUGAUUGUGGUAAAGGUUUCAGUAACAGUUCCAGCCUGGUAAGACAUCAGAGGACUCACACAGGAGAGAAACCUUUUGAAUGUCCUUAUUGUGGUAAAGGUUUCAGUGACAAUUCCAGCCUUGUGAAACACCAGAGGACUCACACAGGAGAGAAACCCUUUGAAUGUCUUUAUUGUGGUAAAGGUUUCAGUGAGAAUUCCAGCCUGGUAACACAUCAGAGGACUCACACAGGAGAGAAACCCUUUGAAUGUCCUGAUUGUGGUAAAGGUUUCAGUAACAGUUCCAGCCUGGUAAGACAUCAGAGGACUCACACCAGAGAGAAACCUUUUGAAUGUCCUGUUUGUGGUAAAGGUUUCAGUAACAGUUCCAGCCUGGUGACACACCAGAGGAUUCACACAGGAGAGAAACCCUUUGAAUGUCUUUAUUGUGGUAAAGAUUUCAGUAACAGUUUCAGCCUGACGAGACACCAGAGGACUCACACAGGAGAGAAACCCUUUGAAUGUCCUGAUUGUGGUAAAGGUUUCAGUGACAAUUCCAGCCUUGUGAAACACCAGAGGACUCACACAGGAGAGAAACCCUUUGGAUGUCGUUAUUGUGGUAAAGUUUUCAGUGACAAUUCCAACCUGGUAAAACACCAGAGGACUCACACAGGAGAGAAACCUUUUGAAUGUCCUGUUUGUGGUAAAGGUUUCAGUAAUAAUUCCGACCUGGUAAUACACCAGAGGACUCACACAGGCGAGAAACCCUUUGAAUGUCCUGAUUGUGGUAAAGGUUUCAGUGGCAAUUCCAGCCUUGUGAAACACCAGAGGACUCACACAGGAGAGAAACCCUUUGAAUGUCCUGUUUGUGGUAAAGGUUUCAGUAUCAGUUCCAGCCUUGUGAAACACCAGAGGACUCACACAGGAGAGAAACCCUUUGAAUGUCCUUAUUGUGGUAAAGGUUUCAGUGACAAUUCCAGCCUUGUGAAACACCAGAGGACUCACACAGGAGAGAAACCCUUUGAAUGUCUUUAUUGUGGUAAAGGUUUCAGUUAUAAUUCCGACCUGGUAACACACCAGAGGACUCACACAGGCGAGAAACCCUUUGAAUGUCCUGAUUGUGGUAAAGGUUUCAGUAAGAAUUGCAGCCUGGUAAGACAUCAGAGGACUCACACAGGAGAGAAACCCUUUGAAUGUCCUGAUUGUGGUAAAGGUUUCAGUAACAGUUCCAGCGUGACGAGACACCAGAGGAUUCACACAGGAGAGAAACCCUUUGAAUGUCCUUAUUGUGGUAAAGGUUUCAGUAAUAAUUCCAACCUGGUAACACACCAGAGGACUCACACAGGCGAGAAA